UGUCAACAAAGAAGCAUUAGUUACACGUUGUUGCCGAAAAUUCCUUCAUGCAUGCGGUGAUUAGCUAUUACAACCGGACUUUUCAUAUCCGUUUCCUCCGCCUUCAUCACCGGCCUAAACUUGGUGCGUGUAUUGACUCGCCUCGAUUGAGAUUUCUCGUGUAUAAAUUGAUGCGUUGUGUGGAGGAGAAACCACGAUCAGGGUGGAUUUGUGGCGAUGGCUAUGACUGCGAUCAGUGUGAUUGUCGUCAUGACCUUUGCUCUCAUGGCCAUGGCAGUGAUGGCACAGGGUCCAUGGGACACUGCCGACGCCACUUUCUACGGCGACAUGUCCGGCAACGCGACCAUGGGCGGAACUUGUGGGUAUGGCAAUCUCUUCGAGCACGGAUACGGGCUGGCGAACACGGCGCUGAGCACGGUGCUGUUCAACGACGGGGAAAUGUGCGGUGCAUGCUUCGAGUUGAAGUGCGUAGCGGGACCCGACAGGUGCAAGGACGGGAGCACCAUCGUGACGGCGACGAGCUUUUGCCCGCCGGCACCCGUCAGCCUGUGCAACCCGCCCCAGAAGCACUUCGACCUCUCCAUGGCCAUGUACAUGAAUAUCGCCAAAGCAAACAAUUCGGGCAGCAUCCCCGUGCAGUUCCGGCGAGUACCGUGCGUCAGGGAGGGCGACAUCGGAUUCGAGUUCAGGGGGAACCCCUUCUGGAUCUCGGUGCUGGUGUACAACGUGGCCGGCUCCGGCGACGUGGCGAACGUGUCGGUGAGGGGAUCCAACACCACCUGGGUGCCGAUGACGAGGUCGUGGGGACAGAGAUGGCAGCUCAGUUUCAGGCCAGAGAUGGUGGGGCAGAGCCUUUCGUUCCAGGUGACGACAGGCGACAACAAUACGGUGGAGUCGGUCGACGUCGCUCCAGCGAACUGGCAGUUCGGACAGCGGUAUACAGGCGGCCAAUUCUGAUGAGGAAUUGGAGCAGAAAGCAAGGGAAACUAUUAGUACAUACAAUAUAAGGAAGCCACCUAACCAUGCACGGGCUUCUUCACUGGCUUUCGAAGUCAUAUCUAUUCCUGCACGCAGUUUAAUAUUUGCAUUACCUUGCUUCA